AGACGAGUGAUUGUGCAAUUGCCAAGCCAAUCUCCUCAUCACCUCCAACAUAAACAUAUCUUCCCUGGGCGAUAAACAAUAUCGGCACACCCUCGCGGCAUAAUUGCGCAUGAGGGCCUUGUUUAUCCCGUCGAUAUCAAGAUCAAGAAUCCGGCGGCAACACCUCAGCAGCGUCCCCACGGGACGGACGGACGGUUUGACCCUAGAGAUAACAUUUCUUUGCUUCCAAACAGACAACUUGGUGAUGAAUGAUAAGGUGAUUGCUGUACAUGCUUCCGUACUUUGUCAACAAUAGAGGCCAAGCCACCCUGCAGGGCUGCACCCUACAAAUACCCUGCACAGACCCACGGCAGAAGCACUCAAGUCAAGGCAUUCUCUCUCUAAAGCUAGUAUACUGCCCCUCCCUUGCCUUGAGCGGUUGAGCCUUCCCUUCCAAUUCUCCCAGCUGAAAUGGAAAGCUCCUACAGUUCAGCCAUGCCGAUGGAGACCGACAUGAUGUCGCAGUUCCUCGGAGGCGACCACCACUGCUUCGCCUACGAGCAGCAGGACGAGUCCAUGGAGGCAAUGGCGGCCAUGUUCUUGCCUGGCCUCGACACCGACUCCAACUCCUCCUCUAGCUGCCUCAACUACGACGUGUCUCCACAAUGCUGGCCACAACCCCAGCCUCAGCCAGGCCAUAGUUCCAGCGUCACCAGUUUCCUUGAUCCGGCUCACGGCUAUGAGAGCUUUGAGUUCCCAGUGAUGGACCCCUUCUCGCAUGCCGAAUUCCAGUCCCAUUGCACCGACAUCCCCUAUCUCGUCGGCGGCAGUGAGGAUCUGAGUCCUCUAGACAGCAACUGUGCACCAGCCGGAGGUGAAGAAGCAGCAAAUGAUCAUACACCUGUGACUAACAAGAGGAAGUCCAGAGCUGCCACCACGGCAUCAAAGAAGGCCAAAAAGGCUGCCAAAAAGGAUCUCACCAGCAACGACAUCGAAGGCGAUGACACCUAUGUCAUCGAUCCUCAAAGCUCCAGCAGCUGCACCUCAGAAGAUGGGGAUUUGGAUGGCAAUGCCAAGUCGGGCUCGAAGAAGACAGGCACCAGAGCCAGCCGUGGAGCAGCAACUGAUCCUCAGAGCCUCUAUGCAAGGAAAAGGAGAGAGAGGAUCAAUGAAAGAUUGAAAACCCUGCAGAACUUGGUUCCCAAUGGAACAAAGGUUGACAUCAGUACAAUGCUAGAGGAAGCAGUGGAGUAUGUUAAAUUUAUGCAGCUUCAGAUUAAGUUGUUGAGCUCCGACGACAUGUGGAUGUACGCACCCCUCGCUUACAAUGGGAUUAACGUCAGCAGUCUUGAAAUGCACAUCGCAGCUCUGCAAAAAUAAAUACCACUCUGGAGAUGUGGCGCUAGCUAACACUGAACUGCAUAGGGAUUAAUUGAUUCUGGUCCUUAUAUAUAGUUCCAAUCAUUAUACAUGUAUAAUGUAACUAUACUUUGUUUUACUUCAUACUUUUCUUGGCAUUUCCUGGGAGUUAUACAAAGAAGUAAUCAUAAUCAUGUAAAUGAUCAAAGGUCACAAUGAUAUGAUUGGCCUUUUUU